UGGACUUCCCAAGAUGGCGGAAGGUGGACCACCGGAUUGUGAGACUCAGAAGUCAGAAAUAAGCAAUUUACUGAAACUGACCCUUAAAAAAGGCGAGACUUGGUACCUUGUGGACAUCAAAUGGUUUAAGCAGUGGAAGAAGUUUGUGGGCUACGACAGCUGGGACUCUUGUAGUGUGGGGGAUGAAAGCACAAACCCAGGACCUAUAGACAACUCUGCUCUUCUUAAAGACAAUGGUCAACUCAAGGAGCACCUUGUGGAUGACCUUGACUAUACGCUGUUCCCGGCUGAGGCCUGGAACAAGCUGUUGUCCUGGUACGGCAUCAUCGACGGACAGGACCCCAUCAGUAGGUGUGUUAUUGAGGACGGCAUGUAUCUGAAACAGCUAAAGGUGGAGGUAUAUCUCUACAAUAUAGUUCUCAGCCUGUAUGGCCAGCAAAGUAAAGAACAAUCACUGACGAGAGAUGUCAGUCGAGCAGCGACAAUAGCUGAGUUGGAGAAGCUGAUGAGACAGGAGUUCAGCAUCUCGGAGGACAAGGAGGUGAGGCUGUGGAACCGGUACAUGAGCUCCACCUACGAGCAUCUCAACAAACCUGACAACACACUGCAGGACGCAGGACUCUACCAGGGACAGGUGAUAGUGAUAGAGGAGAAGAAUGAGGAUGGUACCUGGCCUCGACAAGCCAAGAGCACAAGCAGCUACAACUCCACCGGCUCCUAUGAACGCUCGUCCUACACGACCCGGUCGGGUGGUGGCUAUGGCGGCAGCAGCUACGAUUCGGGCUACAGUUAUGGAAGCUAUGAUUCUGGUUACAGUAAAGGCAGUGGUGCUGCCAACCCUGGACUGUGUGGACUGGCCAACCUCGGAAACACCUGCUUCAUGAACUCAGCCCUGCAGUGUAUGAGCAACGUGCCACAGUUGACAGACCAUAUGAUGGAUGACAAGAAAUGGGAGAAGGAACUGAACGAGGACAACCCGCUUGGCAACAAGGGCGAGAUCGCCAAGUCGUAUGCUGAGCUCAUCAAGACCAUGUGGUCUGGGAGGUACAGCUACACAGUACCCAGGAACUUCAAGGUUGCUGUAGGCCGAUUUGCACCCCAGUUCUCUGGAUACCAACAGCAGGACUCGCAGGAGUUGAUGGCAUUCCUGCUUGACGGGCUUCAUGAAGACAUGAACAGAAUCCGGAAGAAGCCCUAUGUAGAGCUGAAAGAUGAUGACGGAAGGCCAGACUCAAUGGUGGCUGCUGAAGCUUGGGAGAAUUACCGCAAAAGGAAUGAUUCGAUAAUUGUUGACAUAUUUCAUGGACUUCUCAAAUCCACCGUGCAGUGUCCUGAGUGUUCAAAAAUCUCUGUGACCUUUGACCCAUUCUGUUACCUCUCACUGCCCCUUCCUAUCAAGAAAGAACGGCAGAUGGAAGUGUUCUGGGUGCCCCUUGCUCCCAAGGCGAAACCAGUGCAGUUCAAACUGACCGUUCCUAAGAUGGGAAUUGUUGGCGACAUAUGUAAGGCGUUGUCAUCCUUUGUUAAUGUCCCAUCAGAAAAGAUGGUUGUCACUGAUGUCUAUAACCACAGGUUUCACCGAGUCUUUGCCCUGGAGGAAGGUCUCAACCACAUCCUAGACAGAGAUGACAUAUUUGUAUACGAGGUGCCAGUGAAUACUGCUGAGGAUCCCAACACUCUCAUUGUUCCUAUCUAUCUACGGGAGAAACGGUCAUCAGGCAAGGAUGCCUAUGUGUCCAGCAACCAGUUGUUCGGUCAACCCCUCCUCCUACCAGUACCCAAGGGGACGUGUAGCUAUGAGGAACUCUAUACCCUGCUCCUGCAAAGAAUGUCACGUUAUGUGAAGACGCCAAAGCCAAGCGAGCAGUGGUGGGUGAAGUUGAAGAAGAGAGAGGAUCCCCAGGAGGAUGAGAAGGACAGCAAGGGGGACAUGGGAGGGGAUGGGGGAGACAACUCUUCAAACAACGCUGAUGAGAAGGAGACCCUAGAGAAUGAGGAGCCUCAAGUUAAUGGGGAGGUGAGCAGUAUGGACACCAAUGUAUCUGAUGACGAGUUGGAGACAGAUCGGGCUGCAGAGAAGAUGGGAGAAGAUGAGGAAGAGGAGGAGGAUGAAGGCCCUAGACGGCUGUUCACCUUCUCUCAGGUCAACUCAUAUGGCAGCAGCGAGCUGGACGGCAAACUGCUGGACGAUGGUCGGCCUCUCAAGCUUACAUCCAAGACCUACAUUGCUCUGGACUGGGAUCCUCUGGCUAAAGAAAAGUUUUAUAUUGAGAAAGAUGCUGAGGAUUUUGAGCAGCAUGACACCAUCCGGUACCGCAAUGUGCCCAAGAGGCAGGCCAUCCAGCUCAAUGACUGCCUCAAGAUCUUCACAGAUGCAGAGAAACUCAGCGAACAUGACCCAUGGUACUGCCCGUCUUGUAAGCGCCACCAACAAGCCACGAAGAAGUUCGACCUGUGGUCACUGCCAAAUAUGCUCAUCAUCCACUUGAAGAGGUUCUCCUACAACAGAUACUGGAGGGACAAGAUUGAUGCUCUCGUUGAGUUCCCCACAGAAGGUCUUGAUUUACGGAAGUACAUCAUCAACCCAGACCAUGGCCGUGCUGUGUACGACCUCAUCUCUGUUUCCAACCACUAUGGGGGACUUGGAGGAGGACACUACACGGCAUUUGCGAAGAACAAGGAGGAGAAUGAGUGGCAUUAUUUCGACGACUCCAGCGUGAGUCAGUCCAGUGAAGAGGCUGUUGUGACAAAAGCUGCGUAUGUGUUGGUGUAUCAGAAGCGAGAACAAAAAAUGCCCCCGCCGCCUGUGCCUGCAAAAAACCAAAUCAGCCACUGUGACUACAGCGUCUGCCAGCUCUGCAGCUGAGGCAGAGACAUCGUGUUGCACCAAUGGACUUGAAUCUCCAGACAGUGCUCAUUGCAAUGAUAUUGAGAUGGAUACGUCGACAUGAUACCCUCCUGCAUAGAUGAUCGUUACCAAAUGAACGCACCUCCCUGGUACCACCCAUCUCACCACGGAUUCCUUCAACAAGUGUAGAGGAGACCAAAAUACAGGGCAAGAAAUAGAUACAAUGCUAGAGAAAGGUACCACAAUUGUACAACACUGCUUCAGACAAGCUACAUUUCUUUGGAAGUAAACCAAGAUAGACUAGGAACAGUUGACAAGCUUCCACAAGGAUAUAUACAGUAGAGAGAUAGGUGACACUCCUAGCUGUGCAGGACCUUGUUCCAGGACAGGAUGGUGUUGCCCGAUGAUAGCACCACAUCAUCUGAAACUAUUGACAAUAUACGAUCUGGAUUCUAAUGAAGAUUUAGUGUUCAACAGAUGUUUCCUUUGCCUCUGUGUGAGAUAUUUUAGCAAGUUAAGAAUCUACUGGGAUGUCAAGUGCUGUUCUGUGUCAAAUACCACACUUCUUUCAUGUAAGGGUCUCCAUAUAGGGCAUCCAGUUGUUCUGUUAUAGAUGUCUGGUAGCGACCUUAGUGUCUCAUAGGUUUGUUACACACACCGGAGCUAGAAGAUGGAAAUUGAGGCUCUUUAUUUGAAGAAAUAUAUCUCUACCUAAAAUACCAAUGUCAAACCAGACACUUUCAAAUAGUGUUUCUGUUGCUUUUUGGCUUGCCCUUACUGAGAAGCAGUCAUUAAGAAGUGUUAAAUGUUUCAACUGCAACUCUUUAAACGGUCAUUCUUUCUAUUUGGGAUACUGACUGAUGUCUCAAGUGCAUGAUGCUUCCACGAUGAUCGUGGUGGCGGGUUGUCAUUCAUGUAGAACAGUACCCCCAAGGUCAAGGUCAACUGAUGAUCGACAAAUGUACAUAGCAAGUGUGUGAGUGACAGUGUCUCCAGAUAACACGUGAUAUCGACAAUGGUGCACAGGGCCUGGUGAAGAUCUCUCCGGCGGCCGCUGUGAUACUGUGCUGUAUUUAAGCCGUAGAUGUGUAUAUACAUGUAUAGGUGUCUCCCUGGUUAAAUAUCCUGUGUGAAUGUCGAGAGUGGCAAUUAUUUAUUGUUUCUUUGAACAACAUUAAUGUUUUUUAUACAGUGGACUUUCCUAUAACAGUGACAGUAUGUGUCUUGUCGUGUUGGAUAUUUGUUGAUUUCCCUAGCACUCUGAUGAAUUUUUUUUGUUAGAGUGCUAGCGAUAACAUAUUUUCUUAUUUGUACCUUCAAGAUACCCAUUCUCAUGUGUCAGCACUUUCCUCUUGAGUAAUUUUAUAGUUGACUUGCCCUUCUCUUUUUGCUAAUCAUUAAUUUGAAGUGGUAAAACUAGAGUAAGCAUUUCUAAACGGGUCUUGCAUGUUGCUGUUAUUCAACAUUGAUAUUUUUUCUAAUGUAAAUAAAAGAUUCACAUAACAAGCAAAAAUUUGUAAAAUGGUACCAUUGUUUCUUUUAAUAAAUUAAAUAUUUUAGUUACAAUAAAUAUUUAAAAACAUGGAAUAUUUAUCCAAAUAUUUGUGAUUUUAACUCACAAGCCAUUUAUAACACAUCAUCUAGGACAAUAUGAUUGUCUGUUCAUCUCACUGUCUUGUAUAUUCUCGUCACCAUGACGACACAGAUUACCUUCAUAAUAUUUUGUUAUAAUAUAAACCCAAUUAUGUAUGUAUGUGUACUAAGUCUGUAUGAUGACAAAAACACUUCCUGUCAGUCUGCUAAACCACUAUUUCACUAAAAUGGAACACAGAUACCGUGGUUACACAAUUUUAUGCUAUAUUUAUUUUUCUAUUUUUCAGUAAUUUGCUUAACGUGAUUUCCAAAUGAGAAAGUUUGGUUUGAUCACAUUUCAAGAUAUUAAAGCAUCAAUAUGUUUUGAAAGAAGUGUCUUAAUCAUGUUUAGAGAUGUUUUUGAAGUUUUCAUUCAAAGAUAAGUUAUGUAUUCAGAGAUAUUGAUAUAUUCGAGGAAAUUGUUAAGUGUUCUGUUGAGAAUCUAGUACUGGUUUUUCACUUGUUUUCACUUGUUUAGUACUUGUAGUGAUCUGCGAGGACACAUUAUAGCCUAGUCAAGUGAUGCUUGGCUUAUCUAGCAGCUAAACUUUCCUAAAUCAAGUCCAAGAUGUGACGUUUAUAUUCCUGUGAUGUGCUGGUCACUGGUCACAUCAGUCAUGACCUGUUAAGGUAGUACCAUUGACAAAGAAGACAGCUCUGCUAUACGACAGUGGUGAUAUAACUCGGAGUAUAACUCGCUUACAGUAUAUAUGCAUGUUCAGUAAAAAUAGCAAGUAUAUGACUGUACAGCUAUUUAACAGUUUGAAUGAAUGUUCCAUUAUCCAGUCAUGUUUGUAACUUUCUUGAGACGUAAAUUGUAAAGAGAUAGUAAUACUUGCUUGCAUAAACUAUAAAGUGUUCGAUGGUGCUAUUGCCUUGUGAAGAUAACCAGUGAUAUGCUGUUGUCCGGGCAUGGAAUCGUACUUCUCUAUUUUAAAUACAAAGUAUCAUUAAGGAUUCAAAGUUCAUGGUUGAUAUAGUGUUGAGAACAAAUUAUACUUUCAGUAAAUGUUUAAUAUCUGGUGUAGCUGUUUGGUGACAAUGUUUGUCCGUAAUGGUGACACGUCGGUGAAAAAGUGGUCUCGCAGUUUUUCACUCACAUGCGAAAAUUUAUCUACCAUGCAUACAGAUGCAGUCCAAUGUUUUCUGGUGUGUCAUAAGUAGACAUUACUUUUAUAAUCAUAUUUGAUAUUUUAGCUGACAUUGCUUGGCUUUUAAAGUAUAAAUAACCAGGUAUUCUUUGACUGAAGUUACUCAAUAAAUGUGCAUGCUUAAGUCAAUACAGAGAGUUAGAUACGGACUGCCAUGAUUGAUUAACUGAUUGAACCUUUUGUGACAGUGUCAUGGUGGAGAUCUCAAGGAAAGGGUGGAAUUAAGCCAGUACAUCAGUGAACAAAAAUUAACUUGCACAUUCUCUAAAUUACAGAAUAAACCCAAGUAUUUGUCAGCUGGUGUCUCGGGGUUUGUGUGAGUUAUCUUGUUGCUCCUUCACCCUCAAGUGUUACAAGUGCUGUGUGAUUUGAAAUCCUUUACUGCUGUUCUUGAAGCAUGUUUGUAGUGGGUGACACUCUAAAGUCUUGCCAGUAGUCAGGCCUCAUUCGUGGCAGUAGGACAUCACUCUACAUAGCAGUCUGGUAAUCAACCAGACAGUACAUUGUUUGACAGGACGCUUGAACUACGCAAGGCAAGAAGGCAUUUUACCAGAUACUUUCUGCCAUAUUUGGAACCAUCUUAAUUGAACCUUUGUUUUGCAGGUGUUAUCUUAACCUCUGAAAUAGCAGUGUUAAGGUCUUGCUCCCCACAGACUUGUAAUAAAAUAUUUCCCAAAUAACUGGGUGUGACCACAGAAAAACUCCUACCAUUGCUUCUGAUGAGUGGAAUAGGAGGCUUUCAUGUGCCAUUAGGAAACUUGUGUUCAAUUUUUGUUCUGCAGAUUGGUUCCUUUAUUUUUUCAAAUAUUCAGUCAUCAAACUUCACAGCAUCAAACAAGCAGUGGGUAGGUAUCUGGUGAAGUGCAUGUGUGUCCUAUUCAAGGCUAUCUCACUGUUCCUCCAUAUGAAGAGUGGCCAUUACUACUUAGAGUAUAUUAAAGUGGGAGCAGUACAACAGCUGAUGACGAUGUGUUUGUUUCAAGACAUCCCGCCACUGUGAUAUGCUCUGAGGGCAAGACAUGGUCCUUUAAAUACAGACAUGCUUGGUUCUCCAUUAAGCAUCAUCCCACCAAUGGUGUUUGAGUUACCAUGGUCGAUUUUGUGUGGGGGAUAGAUGAAUACACCAAAUUGUUUUUAAAACCAAUGUGUGCAUUGUGGAAUUGUUGAUAGCCUUGGACUGUUUCUAUGGCAAAUUUCACAUGCAAAUGUCAACUUAUAUCUCCAUGUAUGAUUUCUAGAAAUAAUAAAUCUGUUCUCUGUA